AUGGCGUCUACUAGGACCGACUCGACCCCUCCCACGGCCAAUCCGCUUCAAGGCGUUCCCUCUCAUGUCGUCGACCUGCUCACUCGGCUUCACGACGAGUCUCUACGGCAGGAGAAUGCCCUGACGCGCGACGAUUUUAAAAAAGCCACUAUGGAAGAGGUCAUGCGCGAUAAAUUCAUCGCACUGGACCGGGAUAAGGCCGAAUUCGUCUACCAGCUAUGCCGUGCCACCGGAGCCGAGACCAUCGUCGAAGCCGGCACCUCGUUCGGGGUCAGCACCAUCUACCUUGCCCUCGCGGCGUCAGCCAAUGCCUCGCGAACAGGCCGCCGUGCACGCGUCAUAGCCACCGAGUACGAGCCCACGAAGGCUGCCCGGGCGAGAGAAUACUGGGCCGAGUGCGGCAGGACUGUUACAGACGCAAUCGACCUGCGGGAGGGCGACUUACGCGAGACGCUGAAGACGGAUCUGGAGAAUGUCGACCUAUUGCUUCUCGACAUCUGGACUCCUGUGGCCCUUCCAACGUUGAAAAUCGUGGAACCUAAGAUGCGGUACGGGGCCGUAGUCAUCACGGACAACACAAUUGGUGCUGCGCGGGGUUAUAAGGACAUGCUGGAGUAUCUGCGAAACCCGGAGAGUUGCUACAUCAACAUGACCCUUCCCUUCAGCAAGGGCUUGGAGAUGAGCGUAUAUUUGCCUUGA